CUAGCUCCAAGUGUUCUAACGAAUAGACAAAAUUCCUCAACAGAUUCAUCAAUGGGCUUUAAAAUUCCGUUUCUUGAUAAAAGUUCUUCUACACGAAAGCACAGAAAAUGUAAGACCGAGUCUGAAAACAGUGUGCCUUUGACAAAAAUUUCAAUCGUUGAUCAUGAAGCUAUGAUUCAAAAUAUUCUAAGUCGGCCGUUUAAAGUUCCAAUAAAUGAUUACAUUCCUGAACUUUCAAAUAAAAGUUUGGGGUUGAAACGAACUAUCAUAAGAAGAGCUUUUCAUGAUCCUACAGCAUGCAAUGCUCUUGUUCUUUAUACACCGCCACCAAUUCCAAAAGAAAUGAUGUCGAAAAUAGACAAAAAUAAAAUUCAAGUUCAUGUUGUAGUUGAUCCUGUUUUGGGAAAUAUUCUCCGUCCUCAUCAACGCGAAGGAGUAAAAUUUAUGUAUGAUUGUGUCACUGGUGCUAAUGGUGAUUAUUGUGGAUGUAUCAUGGCUGAUGAAAUGGGACUUGGAAAGACUCUCCAAUGUAUUACAUUAGUUUGGACUCUUUUGAAACAAAGUCCAGAUUUUAAACCGACAAUAGUGAAAGCAAUAAUCGUUUGUCCAUCAUCCUUAGUGAAAAAUUGGUAUAACGAGUUUGGUAAAUGGCUUGGAAGUCGCGUUCAUUGUUUAGCUAUUGCAAAUGAAUCAAAAGAGAAGACAACCGAACUUCUCAACACAUUCAUGGCUAAUUUGAGUGCUCGAUGUGGUGCACCGAUUCUGAUUAUCAGUUAUGAAACAUUUCGUUUAUAUUCUCAUAUUUUAUGUGCUUCUGAAAUUGGACUUGUUCUUUGUGAUGAAGGUCAUCGGUUAAAGAAUUGUGAAAGUCAAACGUAUCUUGCAUUGAUGAAACUUCAAACAAAACGACGAGUUCUUCUUUCUGGUACACCAAUCCAAAAUGACAUGACAGAAUUUUACAGUUUACUUCAGUUCAUAAAUCCUGGAAUGUUAGGUUCAACAAAUGAAUUUCGUCGUCAAUAUGAAAAUGCAAUUUGUCGGGGACAAACAGCUGACAGUACCGAUAAAGAACGUGAAAAAGCAACUGAAAGACUUAAUGAACUUAUGUUUUGUGCAAACAAAUACAUUAUAAGAAGAACCAGCAAUCUUUUGAACAAAUAUUUACCUGUGAAGUUCGAAAUGGUUGUUUGUGUUAAAAUGACACAAUGUCAACUUGAUAUUUAUAAGAAUUUCCUAAAAUCGGAUUUUAUUCGAAAGUCAUUGAAGACGAAUGAAGAUGUUAAAGAAGGUACAACCGUUUUAUCAAAUAUUCAAUCUUUGAAAAAGCUUUGCAAUCAUCCUGAUCUGAUUGCCGAUAAAAUUUGCAGUAACGAUAGUGGAUUUGAGAACGCUGCAAGUUUCAUGCCAAAUAAUUGGAAUGCACGUGACUUAAAACCGGAACUUGGUGGUAAAGUUUUACUUCUUGAUUUAAUGUUAGCUGCCAUCAAAUGUAACACAAAUGAUCGAAUCGUACUCGUUUCAAAUUACACACAAACUUUGGAUCUUUUUGAACAAUUGUGCAGAAAACGAAAUUAUAUUUAUGUGAGACUUGAUGGCUCGAUGUCAAUCAAGAAGCGAGGAAAAACAGUUGACGACUUCAAUAAUCUUGAUAACAAUCAGUUCAUUUUUAUGCUUAGUUCAAAAGCGGGUGGUUGUGGUUUAAAUCUUAUUGGAGCAAAUCGUCUGAUAAUGUUUGACCCGGAUUGGAAUCCCGCAAAUGAUGAACAAGCAAUGGCUCGUGUAUGGCGUGAAGGUCAAAAGAAACCAUGUUACAUCUACCGUUUUGUUGCAACAGGAACAAUAGAAGAGAAAAUUUUUCAGAGACAAACACAAAAGAAAGCACUUAGCAAUACAGUUGUUGAUAAUGACGACAGUGAGAGACAUUUCACUUCAAAUGAUUUAAAAGAUUUAUUUAAAAUUAACGAGGAAACGAAAUCAGAUACACAUGAGCUUUUCAAGUGUCAGAGAUGUGUGAACAAUGUUCAAGUCACUUUACCACCUGAGAAAAGCGAUUGCACGAGUGACUUAAGCCAAUGGUUUCACUGUUACAACCCAAGCACUCUUCCCGAUGAAAUACUUGGAAAUGCUUCAAAAUUAUCAAACAAUGUUUCGUUUGUUUUCCAUCAUCGUUCAGCAUCACAAGCAGUAGAAGUGGAGCCUAAACCAUUACCGACUAAGAAAAAUAAGAGAAAGAACUCUGAAAACAGUGAAGAUGAAGCUAGUGACUAUGACUAUAAAGAUAAUCAGUCUGAAGAUGAAGAUUAUUGCUACUAAUGGAUUACGAUUUAUGAAAUGUUGUACAUUUAAAAAGAGAAAAAAGAAUCUUCAUCUGAAUAAAUAAAAACACCAAAACCAAAA